GUUUUGCAAGGGUGCUUAACACAUGAAUGCCAUUAUCUCAUUAGAAAAUGUAAGCUUUUUAUAUAGAAAACACCUGAAUGCAAUUUUCUAACUACUCCUUUUCCCUUCACUAUACAAAUGGCUAAGUAUUGUCACAAAUGUUGGAAUGUUGCAAAAGAUAUGUGCAUCUCCUAAAAGCUCUGUUACAUAACUAAAUAUAAGCACAACCUUAUGUUUUUCCAGGCAGGUGAAGAAAAAAAUUUCUAAACAUAGAAGGUAUAUGAGGGGUACUGGAGGAGGACCACCUAGACCACCUGAACUUGAAUUAAAAGAAUAUGAAGAGGAGAUAUCAAAAAUGCUCGGGCCAGACACCAUAAGUGGAAUGGAAGGCAGUUUUGACACUGAUGCAACAGGAGCAGAUAAAACCCAGGACUCCAACCAGCAGCAGACUCAAACUUGUGUGGAGGAGGAAGAUUCCCCGAAAACACUACAAAUUGAUGAUGAUGACCUGACCUUCAGUCAGGAACCCAUUGAAACCCAACUGUCCGACCCCCAUGAAACCCUGGAAGCCAUUCAAACCGAUGUAGCUGAGCCACAGGAGUGGGAGGAAAGCAUCCACUCUGACACAGAUCCAUUUCCUGAAGCAGUUAAACAGCUGACUGCAACUCUCUCCUCGAAUACUGCUGUCAACAGAAAAAAACAGAAUCAACUGAAAAGAGCAGUCCUUCUCAUACAUAAGGACUUUAUGUCCCUAAAUGAACAUUUAAAAGAGUCGGCUGAUAGAUCACUGCGCUUGAAAAGGCAACAUGUUGAUCUGAUACUGCAUCAGAAUCAACUUAUUAUGGCUCAAAACAACCUCCUCAGACAGCAGCAACUUCAGGGAGAAAGGCAGCAGUUACACUCAACCCAUACAGAUGUGGCAGCAAGAGAAGGGCAAGCUGGCACUUCAAACAUCACACCUGGUGGCUCAGCUACUUCAUAAAGGGGUGGGCGUCCAGUUAGGGGCAAGGGUUUAAGGGGCAGAAAAAAAUAAAUGAUAUAUUGUGUAUUGCUACCAGCUAGGUAUCUAUUUGGUUUUUUCAGUGACUAUUUUAAAAUGCCAUAG